AUGUUGGCCCGGAUUCUAUUAGAAAUACAUAACACACACCAUUAUCUGACAUUCUUUCACUCAGUUAGAGAAUCAAUCAAGGAAGGGAAGUUUGAGCAGUUUAGGCUGAAGUUUGUUGAAGGAAGGCAUGAUCACCUUUUUGCCACUUCUUUUGGG